AUGGCCCACGUGAUGACGUUCAGCGACGUGGCUGUGGACUUCUCUGAGGAGGAGUGGCAGUGCCUGACCCCAGAGCAGCGGAGUCUGUACCAAGACGUGAUGCUGGAAAACUACAGCCACCUGGUGGCAGUCGGAGUUUGCAUUUAUCAGCCACGUACGUUCCCCGAGACGGAGAAAGAGCAAGAUGUGUCCGUCGAUUGGGGCAGCGAGACAAGGUUUUGCGCUGAUAUGGAUUCUAGGUGGCAGCUGAAGAAAGUCCUGCCAAAAAAUCGCAUGUGUGCAAGUCAGCCGUCCCGCUGGGAGGCGAUGGAAGCCGGCUCAGGCCACAGUCUUGAAAGUUCAUGUCCCGGAGCUGACUGGGAAAGCAAAGGUCGGGCUGGAACACAGAGUGCGACCCAAGAGGGGCGCUGUAACCCAACGACGCUCACCUGCGGGAAGUCGCCCUUUCUCAGUCUGCUCACAGCUUUUAAUCAGUGCCCAGGACUGACUAUAGGAGAGAAAGCGAUUGAACUCAAAUCCGAAAAAUCCUCCGGUUUUUCCCCGGACCCCACCCAACCUCAGUUCAUCCGCGCAGAAGAUAAAUUCGGGGAAGACGCGAAAUGCGGGAGGAGUUUUCCCCCGGGUUCAAAGCUGACUCGGCACCGCGCGGCUCACGCCGGCAAGAAGACGUUUCGGUGUGACGAGUGCGGCAAGGCUUUCAGCUUCCGUUCCAGCCUGGCCGGCCACAGGAGGAUUCACACCGGGGAGAAGCCCUUUCAAUGCAAGGAGUGCGGGAAAGCCUUUCGCUUCCACUCGCUCCUCAGCGUCCACCUCCGCGUGCACACCGGGGAGAAGUCGUACGCGUGUAAGGAGUGCGGCAAGUACUUUAACUACAGCUCGGACCUGACCCGGCACGUGCGCACGCACACCGGGGAGAAGCCGUACCCGUGCGCCGAGUGCGGCAAGGCCUUCAGCUGCGGCUCGGACCUGACGCGCCACGCGCGGAUCCACACGGGCGAGAAGCCGUACGAGUGCGGCGAGUGCGGCAAGGCCUUCAUCCAGCAGUCGCACCUCAUCAAGCACCAGCGGACGCACACCGGGGAGAAGCCCUACGUGUGCAAGGAGUGCGGCAAGGCCUUCACGUGCGGGUCGCAGCUGAGCCAGCACGCGAAGGUGCACACGGGGGACAGGCCGCCGCACAGGUGCAAGGAGUGCAAGAGCUCCUUCAGCUCCGCCCUGGGCCACACGCAGCGGCAGCUGCUGCACCUCGGGGAGACGUUCUUCGAGGACAAGGAGAACGGGGAGGCGCCCUUCCCGGACGCGGGGCUCCUCGCUCGGCACCAGACCGCUCACGCCGCCGCCAGGAAGAUGUACGCGUGCAAAGGGUGUGGCAAGGCGUUCAGCCUGCGCUCCAUCGUCAGCGGCCUCAAGAAGCUGCACAGCAGGGAGGACAAGCUGUGUAAGUGCAAGGACUGCGACAAGUCCUUCCGGUGCCCCUCGGACCUCGCCCGGCACCAGAAGAUCCACACGGGCGAGAAGCCCUACGUGUGCAAGGAGUGCGGGAAGGGCUUCAUCUGCAGGUCAGACCUCGGCCGGCACCAGCGCGUGCACACCGGCGUCAAGCCCUACGUGUGCCAGGAGUGCGGCAAGGCCUUCACGCGCGGCGCCCACCUGACUCAGCAUCAGAAAGUGCACAGUAAGAAGUCGCACGGCUUCAGCGGAGGGGACACGGCCCUCGGCUGUGGCUUAGAAGCCACCCCGCGACCCCUGACGGACCCUGGUGACAAACGCUGGGCCAGCAAGGACUCCGGAGGGACCUUCCUUCACGGCCCGGGCCUUACUGGGUCUCAGACCGCGAAGACAGCGUGCGACCGGAAAGACGGGUGGCCUCCAGGCGACAGCGACCCUUGUAAGGCAGCUCCCGCUCGGGAGAGACGCUUCCAGUGUGAGGAAUGCCCGAAGGCCUUUCGGUACAGCUCGGAGCUCACGCGCCACCAGCGCCUGCACACCGGCGAGAAGCCUUACGAGUGCCAGGAGUGCUGGAAGGCCUUCGCCUCCGCCUCGGACCUCGCCCGGCACCAGAGGAUCCACACGGGCGAGAGGCCCUACGAGUGCGGCGCGUGCGGCAAGGCCUUCAUCCAGCAGUCGCACCUCAUCAAGCACCAGAGGGUUCACAGCGCGGAGCCGCCCAGGGCCGCGGCCAAGCCGCCUUCGCUCGGCGGUCAGAUGCUGCUGAACAUGCGAGAGCUGACGCUCGUCAACAGCCUCAUCAACCUGCGGAGCGUCGGGAAGAUUCUGCUCAUGGCGCAGCUCAGUCAGCGGCAGGGGCUUUGUUCUGAUGAGAAGUCGAGUUGA